AUGGAUGAGCAGAACUCCAGCGUGAUCCAGUCGCCCUCGUCCGCCAGGCACACGGGCAGCAACGCGACCGACAGCCGGGGUUAUGCCGAGGUGGAGAGGGGCGUCAUGACGGUGGAAAACAUGCUGGAGGAGUCCGCCGUGCUCUCGGCGCCUCACCUGUCGGUGGAUCGGUAUGAGCGCGGCCGUCAGGGAUGUUGCGAGAGGGUGGUGAUCAACAUUUCGGGUUUACGGUUUGAGACGCAACUUAAAACUUUCAACCAGUUCCCUGACACGCUGCUGGGGGACCCCAGGAAAAGGAUGCGCUACUUUGACCCACUGAGGAACGAGUACUUCUUCGACAGGAACAGACCGAGCUUUGAUGCCAUCCUGUACUACUACCAGUCAGGGGGGCGCAUACGGAGACCUGUUAACGUCCCCAUUGAUAUUUUCUCCGAGGAGAUUAGGUUUUAUCAGCUGGGAGAGGAGGCCAUGGAGAAAUUCCGAGAGGAUGAAGGGUUUAUAAAGGAAGAGGAGCGCGUACUGCCCAAAAAUGAUUUCCAAAAGCAGGUUUGGCUUUUGUUUGAGUAUCCUGAAAGCUCUGGGCCAGCAAGAGGGAUAGCCAUCGUUUCAGUGCUUGUUAUUUUGAUUUCAAUUGUCAUUUUCUGCAUGGAGACUCUCCCGGAAUUUCGCGACGAGAGAGACCAAGCCACAGUGGCACCCACGGUCAAUGGCACUGCUCCCUACGUGCCAAGCCCGUUCACAGACCCCUUCUUUGUGAUAGAGACUCUGUGCAUCAUAUGGUUCUCUUUCGAGUUGCUGGUCAGGUUUUUCGCCUGCCCCAGCAAAACUUCCUUCUCCAAAAACAUCAUGAAUAUCAUUGACAUUGUCGCCAUAAUCCCCUACUUUAUCACUUUGGGGACAGAGCUGGCCGAGAGGCAGACAAACGGCGGCCAACAGGCGAUGUCCCUCGCCAUCCUGAGGGUGAUCAGACUGGUGAGGGUCUUUCGCAUUUUUAAGCUCUCGCGGCACUCAAAAGGACUUCAGAUUUUGGGACAGACGCUCAAAGCCAGCAUGAGGGAGCUCGGUUUGCUUAUAUUUUUCCUUUUCAUCGGAGUUAUUCUCUUCUCCAGCGCGGUUUACUUUGCAGAGGCAGACGACCCCUCGUCCAGCUUCACCAGCAUCCCCGACGCGUUUUGGUGGGCAGUUGUCACCAUGACCACAGUCGGAUAUGGAGACAUGCAUCCGGUGACCAUUGGUGGGAAAAUAGUGGGGUCGUUGUGCGCAAUAGCAGGCGUGCUGACCAUUGCCUUACCCGUGCCAGUGAUUGUGUCCAAUUUCAACUACUUUUACCACAGGGAGACCGAUGGAGAGGAGCACCCACACUACCUGAACACAGGCAGCUGUGAGCACCUUCCCUCAGAGGAGCUGAGGAGGUCAUGCAGCUCCUCGUCUCUCAGCAAGUCUGAGUACAUGGUGAUAGAGGAGGGCAUCAACAGUGCGUUCAAACAGCCCAACUUCACCACCGAAAACAACCAGAACUGCGUGAACAUCAAAAAGAUCUUCACAGACGUGUAA